GAUCAGCGAAAAGGGCACCCUCCAGCUGUCCAUCGACACAGACAGCGUCAGACGCCUCCUACUCGACUUCCCCCGCGCCGCCCUCGGCGGCCCCAGCGGCGGCGGCGGCGCGGACGACGGCGGCGGCGGGGCCGGCGGCCUGGGCGGCGCGGCGGACACGGCGAGCUACAGCCACUAUGUUGAGCGCGAAAUGGGGGGCGCGGUCAACCUGGUCAAAGUGCUGCAGGCGGCGUUCAGUCGGAGCCGGCGGGCCGUGGAGAAGCACGCAGCCUGGACGACGCCCGAUUCGCGCCACGCCGCCGCCCAUCCGAGGGCGGCCCGCCCCCCUUGA